GUCCAGCAAGACUAUGAAUCUCUGUUCCAAAUGCUUUGCUGAUUUUCAAAAGAAACAACCCGACGAUGAUUCCACUCCAAGUACAAGUAACAGCCAAUCAGAUUUGUUUUCCGAAGAGACCACCAGUGACAACAACAAUACCUCGAUAACCACGCCAACUCUAAGUCCCAGCCAGCAGCCGCUUCCGACAGAACUGAAUGUAACUUCACCAAGUAAAGAGGAAUGUGGGCCAUGCACAGACACAGCUCAUGUCUCGUUAGUCACACCAACCAAAAGGUCCUGUGGUACAGAUUCACAGUCUGAGAACGAGGCUUCACCAGUGAAACGGCCACGACUACUGGAGAGUGCCGAGCGGUCUGAGGAAACCAGCCGGUCUAAACAGAAGAGCCGACGUCGGUGCUUCCAGUGCCAAACCAAGCUGGAGCUGGUGCAGCAGGAACUGGGGUCGUGUCGCUGUGGUUACGUGUUCUGUAUGUUACACCGCCUCCCCGAGCAGCAUGACUGUACAUUCGACCACAUGGGCCGCGGCCGAGAGGAAGCCAUCAUGAAAAUGGUGAAACUGGACCGGAAAGUGGGGCGCUCCUGCCAGCGCAUCGGGGAGGGGUGCUCCUGAAGGCCAGGCACGGCCAUCACAUGACGCUGUUCUUAGUUCACUAAUGUUAGCCUUAUUUAGGACAAAGUCAGCCAGACACCUUGUACUGGGCACGCGUCAGACUACAGCCAGUCCGUUUCCUUUCUUUAGCCAGCCAUCCUGGUACUGUAGUUUAGGGGUUGAUGGUGGUUGAAAUUGAUUUCUGGCUGGUUACUAAGGUGCCUGCUAGCCAUUGUAUAAAAUUAAAACAUGAAGAAUAUUUUUUUUGAGCAUGGCUAGUGGAUUUAAAACAACACAUACCUGUCACUGCUGGAGUCAACCUUACAAAAAGCCUUAAGCGGAAAGCGUUCCAGACGGAGACUCUUGAGUUAAUAGAGCAGUAGAAGCUGGGGUUAAAGUUUCCACGACGCACAUGGCUUUGCCAGAAACUCUAAUGUUUGGCCUUUCACCUCUUCACUUACCCUUAGUCCCAGUAGCCAGGAUACCUGAUGGCCACGCGUGCCUUGGCCACUGGGAGGCUGCUGACCGUGGCCAUGUGGCUGGGCUGGGUGGCGGCCUUGCUCUCCACAGAGCUGGGAAUGGGGGGUGGGCAGAUUCUUACGGAAAUUUUUUUUACCUGACUUGCUAU